AUGAACUUCAAGCACUGGAAGCACUUGAACGCUAGAAAACAGCGGCUCUUCUACAUCGUCCUUGUGUCGAGCGUCGUGAACCAGUGUCUACUUGUCAUGUCCACGUUUCACCGUCCAGUAUCAAGAACAGACGUGAUGUUCAAGGAAUCCCUGAAGGUCGCGCGCUUCUACUGCGCGUAUUGCAUGAGAAACCAGCCGGGGACCAGCCGCCGCAGGUUCGAGGGCAAUGGAGGUUGCAGCCACGAGUUUUGCAAGGCAUGUCUGGAAGACUACCUCUUUCAACGCAUCAUGGUCGGGCACCACUCUCUUCACCCCUGCCCGAAGUUCGGGGAGGAAUCCUGCCGCUCAUCGGCCACUAGGAACGAUGUGCGGCGCAUCGUCCGAGCCGAGGUGUACGAGGAGCACCGCAGAAGGCUUGAGGGCUUAUCUGGAGCCUGCGAGGAAUGUGGCCGCCGUGGACGGCGCCCGUCGAGCCCGUCGAGCCCGCACGUGCCGUCCCCUCCGUCCCCCCUCCUCUCCGCUAUCUCCCGACGAGCUUCUGCAGCAGCAGCGGAUAGUCACGAAGAAGAUGCCGGUGCUGGAGCCAACGAAGACAACACGUGUCAGUCAUGCGGAUCAACGCGAAGGCGCCACCACCACCACCACCACCACCACCACCAAAGCCAUCGUCAAAAACGCCACCCCGUCCCUCGCGACGCGGCUACUGCCGGGGCCGCCAGAACGGCGCCCGGUGGGGGCGCCGGCCGGAAAGGGAGGAAAGGGUUCGCUUGGAGCCCGAGGUGGUCGCCACACGGCCGCGCCCCCUCUCUCGACCGUACCGCUACCGGUGGCGACGACGAAAGCGGGCAACGGCGAAACAAGCAGCCGGACAAACGGCAGCAGCAGGAACAGCAGCAGAAGCGAGGGGGGCUAUCGCCGGAGGCGGCCGCAGCGUCGGCCGCGGAUCCGCCUGAGGUUGACGAGAAAAGCGCAACGGGGGCGGGGGUGGGGGCGGGGGACAAAGAAGCGGAGGGCGCUGCUUCCGCUGCGGGCACACAUGCGGCUGGUCUUCGUCACCGAACAUGCCCGACGUGCGGUGCCCACAGGCGUCAGAGUCCGCGCGGCAGCAGGGUUAAGGCGCCGGUCGACCCCAACGAUGAGGAAAUGACAACGGCAACAAUGCCGACAUCAACGCCCGCAGCAGCGUCGGAGACGGCGACAGCUCGUCGGCGCCGGGGCUCGGACAUGACCGACAACCUUGUCCUUUGUCUUGGUUGCGGUGAAGCUUGGUGCCUGCUGUGCGGGGGUCCCGUUUCCACCGCUGAGACCGCCGCUGACGGGGUUUCCAGCGGCGGCGGUGGCCGCGGCGGCGGCGGCGGCGGCGGCUACCGCAGGACAAGAACCGAUCCGAAGGAGGGUCGAGGGUGCGACGGACAAGGGGAGAGGGAGCGAGGCACUGGGUACGCAGUAUCGACGGGCGGGGUCGUUCCUCGCGGACAUGUGCGACACUUUAGUCGCUGGAACGUCGCAGGGUGUCCGGGCGCCCGCUACACGGACCCGAUGGGAUGGAAAGGGGAGUUUAUCACCCUCUACCGAGCGCUGGUGGCCAUCCUAGUGUUCUUGGUGGGACCGCUCUUCUUCUUUCUACGCGGCGUGUGCUUGCUUGUCGAAACCCUUCUCGCCCCCCUGUGCUGCGGCGCCUUUGGCGGCGCGUCCAGGCCGACGAAGAUGGUGAUAGUGGCGGUAGUGGCGGGCAACUUGAUAGCGAUGUGCCGGCGCUGA